UUCUGUGGUUUUAACUCUGGAACCCCUCUGCAGAUCCGCCGCUGGUUGCCUUGGUGUGCGUCCCCACUGACAGUAAACCCCGUCCUGAGAUCCAGCGAUGCGCAUCCAGCUGGUGCUGAUGGUGAGCGUCGGGGUCGCGCUCCUCGCGUGCGCCCGCCGCGGGGAGGCGCGCGUCCGCCUGAACGCCAUCAGAACCGUGGUCCUGACCGAAGAUCACGCGCUGCCCGUGAACAGGAGCGCGUGGGGACCGGGCAUGGACCUGGCGCGAUACCAGUGCAUGAGCGACCUGGAGUGCAGCGAGGGCAACUACUGCCACAUCCCGACCAAAGGCCCCGGCCACUCCCGCUGCCAGACCUGCCGCCGGAGGAACAGGCGUUGCCAGAGGGAUAGCAUGUGUUGCCCUGGCAACCACUGCAACAUCAACACUUGUGUUCCAGACGUGGACAGUUUUUUGCCUCAGAGGAUCCUGGAUACUGAUGGAGACAUGAAACCGCCAUCUAAGAAAGGAUGGAAGAAAAGAGGGAGAGUGAACAUUAAAGGGUCUCCUGGUAAAGGUCAGGUGGGGGACCCUUGCCUGCGCUCCUCAGACUGCUCAGACAGUCUGUGCUGCGCUCGUCACUUCUGGGCCCGGAUCUGUAAGCCGGUGCUGCGGGAAGGACAGGUUUGUACGCGUCAGCGGCGUAAGGGGCACCAGGGCUUGGAGCUGUUUCAGCGCUGCUCCUGUGGGGAAGGACUCUCCUGCCGGUCGGUGCGUGACCCAAACAGCCAGACUGCCCCACCAUCGUCCUCCAUGCUGCAGGACAAGGCCAUGAAUCCCAGGUUUUCUUCCUUGUCUCGGCACUCCUCUCCCCACACCUCAGUGCUGUCUGCCACCUCGUCGUCUUCGUCUUCAGCGGUGGCAAAGACGAGACUCCACAUGUGCCAGAGAAAGGAAGUUGGACAGAUGGGGAGGAAAACAGACUGACGGAGGGAUGGACGGAGCACAAACAACUGCUUUUCUAUGUCUGUGAUCAAGCCCAGAGGCAGAGGGAGGCGGAAACAUUUGUAAAAGAAAGGGGAGGGGUGAGUAGCAUUCCUGUUUACACCUGUGAAAAUUUCCCUCACUCCUCCUUGAAGUGUCCAGGUAUCUGGAUGGUAAUCCACGUCUCGUCCGGCAACAUUGACAAAGCAACUGAAUGGGAUGCGAAAUCCUUUGAGGUUCGGAUGUGAUUUCCUCCAGGGUAUCUAGAGAGACUGAAACCACUUUGAAAUCCAGUCUGACCCCUUUUAGGCCAACAACAAAAGUGCAAAUGUUGAUGAAUAUCUGAUGUGGUUCCCUCACGUAUGAAAGGAAACACAUUUGUUUUCAGCUUUUGAUGUGUUCCUCUGUCAUCCUCAAAGGCCUUACAUGAGCUGAAGCCCUCAGCGUUACUUCAGCUUAGGCUAAAGUCAGACCCAACAAAACCAAGCUAAUCUAUGUGCUAAAGGAUUUUUGUUGAGUUUGCAGAUAAUGUCACCCAAAUGCAAUUUGUGUUCAUCAAACUUUGGAUUUACGUUUCACUAAAUCACGUUGCAGUUUUAUAUUAAUCUAUUCCAACUCUCGGACAUUGUACCACAGACAUAUAAGCAGGUUUUGUCAAGCUAUCCUCGAUCUGGAAAUGUUUCCUUGCUGAAUUUGCACCACUGUUGGAAUUCCUUUCACAUAACUUAUAUAUCUUUGUUUUAAAGUCAUAAAAACUAACAUUAUCUCUGAAUGUUGUCAAUUUUGUUUUCAUUUUAGUUUUUCUAACUGGGUUUACUGCCUGAGAGAAAUGUUAUGUUCCCUGGUGAAAAAUAAAACUAAUGAACAUUUAAGAUCUGAAUGUAUUUCCAGACAGUCUUUGCGCUUGCACUGAUAUGUUGAAGUAAUUAUAUUAACAUAAAGUUGGUCUUUUGUAGUAAAUCUGGGUGUAAUGUCUAUUUAUUGUGUUUACCUGUAAGUUCAUAAAACAAUAAAAAAUAAAGAUGUUUUUCUGAAAUGUAUCAGUUUGGGAAUAAGGUUUCACUAGAUUUAUGAAUAAAUUGUAUUUUUUCUUGCUAUAAAGUAUGUUUUGUAACAUAGUAAAAGGC